UUCUUCCCCUUGGAAAUACCCACCUGAUACAAAAACGAAGACUCCGCCUCUCCUUCCUGAAUUUGGUUAGUGCUCCGUGGUCUGCAACAAUCGUUCGUCCUACCACUAUGAACGGCGACAGCGGGCUACACCUGGUGGUGGUGCCGCUGAUGGCCCAUGGACACCUGAUUCCCGCCAUCGACAUGGCCCGCCUCUUCGCGGAGCGCGGAAUCCUGGUCAGCGUCGUCACCACCCCCGUCAACGCGUCCCGCAUCAGGGCUGUAAUCCGCGGCAUCGACGAAUCCGGCCUUCCCAUCCGGUUCGUGGAGCUGCCCUUCCCCUGCGCCCAAGUGGGCCUGCCCGAGGGCUGCGAGCACGUCGACGUGGUGCCGCCCCACCUUUUCGCCAACUUCUUCCGAGCCACUGCCUUGCUCCGCCUCCCUCUGGAAUCCUAUCUCCGGGAUCACCACCCCCGCCCGAGCUGCAUAGUCGCCGACGUGUGGCUUCCGUGGACCAUGGAGGUGGCUAGAGCACUCCGAGUCCCCAGGCUGGUCUGCCACUGGAUAUCCAGCUUCGCGGUGCUCUGCUACCACAACAUCCGCCGGCAGAGGGUACGCGAGAGCAUAUCUGACGACUCGGAACCCUUCGUGGUGCCCGGCUUACCCGAUCGGAUCGUGACGACGAGGGCGCAGGCGCCCGGCUUUUUCGACGCCUUCGGGUGGGAUGAUAUUUAUGCACAGUCGGUGGAGGCAGAGGAGACGGCCGACGGGCUGGUGCUCAACAGCUUCGACGACCUGGAGCCGUCAUACAUCGACAAGUACCGGGAGGCGACGGGGAAGAAGGUUUGGGCCAUCGGCCCCUUCUGCCUCGGCAACAGGGACAGGGCGAGCAAGGCGGUAAGAGGGAGCCAGGCGUCGGUCGACGGGGACGGGUGCAUGGUCUGGUUGGACUCCAUGCAGCCGCGGUCCGUGGUGUACGUGAGCUUCGGCAGCCUGACCCAGACGCAGCCUUCGCAACUAGCGGAGAUCGGGGAAGGCCUGGAGGAGUCCGGAAGCCCGUUCAUCUGGGUGAUCAAGGACAGGGAGAGAACCCCCGCGACGGAAACGUGGCUGUCGGGAUUAGAGGGGAGGACCAAGGGGAGGGGACUGGUGAUCACGGGGUGGGCGCCGCAGGCCCUGAUCCUGUCGCACCCAGCCAUCGGGGGCUUCGUGACGCACUGCGGAUGGAACUCCGCGUUGGAGGGCGUCAGCGCCGGCGUGCCCAUGAUCACGUGGCCCCACUUCGCCGACCAGUUCCUCAACGAGAAGCUGCUGGUGCAGGUGCUGAAGACUGCUGUGCCCAUCGGGGUUGAAGCGCCCAUAACCUAUGUCUUCGACAAGGCUGUGGCGCUAGUGAAGCGGGAAGACGUGAGCAAGGCGGUUCGCAGCGUGAUGGAUGGAGGGGAGGAAGGGGAAGGCAGGAGAAAGAGAGCCCAGGAACUGGGGAAGAAAGCAAGGAAGGCUGUAGACGAAGAGGGCGGAUCGUCUCAGGAGAACUUGACGCGCUUACUCGAUUAUGUCUCGAAGUUAUGCCAAGCCAAGUAGUACAUCAACGAGGGUAUUACGCAACCAGUUCGGCUUCCACUUCUGUUCUACGUUCUGAUGUGGUCUCUUGCGUGGGUCAUGUUCUCAGUUGCGUUGCAAUAACCUUCGCUCUCGGCUCAAUCCUAUGCAUCUCAUGUGACCCGUUUCUAGUCUCGUUUCUAUCCUCUUAAUUCAGAAAAAUAAACAAGCCAUGCUACAUGUCGGCAUUACAUC